AUGUCUGCAUCACCGGCGCGUAACGACCGUCGUAUUAUAUUGCACUUGGAUUAUGACUGCUUCUAUGCCUCGGUGUUUGAGGUAGAGCAACCAGCUCUCAAAUCAUUACCCCUAGCAGUUCAACAAAAACAGAUUGUUGUGACGUGCAACUAUGAGGCACGACGGCGUGGGCUGAACAAACUACAGCUGAUCAAGGAUGCCAAGCGCAUCUGCCCUGACGUCGUGAUCGUCCUAGGCGAAGACUUGACCAAAUUUCGCGAUGCAUCCAAGGAUCUCUAUCUGCUUAUCCGCAGCUUCAUUUGGGGUGGACGGGUGGAGAGGUUGGGCUUUGACGAGCUCUCUUUGGAUGUGACAGAGAUGAUCGAUUACAACGUUGGACUGCUGAAUCCGAAUACUAUGACAACUUCCUUCUUCCAUCUGGACCAAAAGGAUCCCACAGUUGGAUUUGCCUAUGAUGCAACAAAGUUCGUUGGUUCUACCUAUCCACCGACAGAAGAGGUGUUCGCUCGUCCCCCCGACAUAGCAUCCCUGGAGAUGAAGUUGCUGAUCGCUUCCCACUUGAAUGGAUACCUGCGAGGCAUAAUGGAGCACGAGAAAGGUUUUACGGCCACUGGAGGAGCGUCAACCUCCAAGUUGCUGGCAAAGUUAGUCGGCAGUGUUCGCAAACCCAAUAACCAGACUACUUUACUCCCACCAUAUGAGACAUCUCAGGAAGCCGCAAGCAACGUCAUUCCAUUCAUGGACGCGCACGAAAUCCAGAAGAUUCCAGGCAUUGGUUCUAGACUUGCACAUAAGUUACGAAGCCUAGUUACUGGACCGGAUACCGGCGACCAGAAAGUGACGGUGCGAGAUGUGCGACUAUUUCCCGGCAUGGGUCCAGUACUCUUAGAAAAGACACUCGGCGGGCCCGGGGCGCCUAAGGGGAUCGGAAUGCGCGUAUGGAAUACCUUGCACGGAGUGGACAAUACAGAAGUGCUCGAAGCGCGCGACCUGCCCACCCAGAUCAGCAUCGAGGACUCGUACGGACGAGGGCGGCUGGAUAACAUGGAAAGCGUUCGGAGAGAGUUGACAAUUCUCGCAAAGAGCCUGAUCCGGCGCAUGAGAACCGAUUUACUCGACAAGACGGAGAGUAAUCCUGGUCAAGCUCGGUGGCUGGCGCAUCCACGCACCCUACGAUUAUCUACGCGCCCUAGAAAUGCACCGGAGACAGACGGGGUGCGCACGUACAACGCUAAUCGCAUUUCACGGUCGGCACCACUCCCCACCUUUCUUUUCCACAUGGAUGAGAAUAUCGAUGCGUUAGCGGAUAGACUUGUGCGUGAGCACGUUCUGAGUAUGUUCCGAAAAUUGCAUCCCGAGAAAUCGGGGUGGGAUCUGAGCCUGAUGAAUAUCGCGGUGACCAACUUGGUGGAAAGUGCCGGGGACCAGAAACAGAGCAGUGGGCGCGACAUUGGGAAAAUGUUCCGUCAACAGGAGACGGUACUUAAGGAUUGGACGGUACAGGAACCCGUUGAGCGGGCGGUUAUUAUGCAGCCUAAUGUAUCCGAAAUCCCUGAAGUCCCAGUCCCUGAAGUUCCUGGUUGGACCCUGACUGCGCCUCCGGAUGAGGCGGAUGUGUGGGAGGAGGGGGAUGAAGAGUCUUUAGGGGAUGUGGAAUGUGCUCUCUGUGGAGCUGCGAUGCCACAUUUUGCUCAGCUAGCACAUCAGAUGUAUCAUGCCGUGGAGGAUUAG